UUGGUGCAUGGACGAGGGAUUGAUUGCACAUGAAAGAGUGUGUGGCCAUUGCAACAAUAGCAUGAGACUAGUGAAAUGCGCCGACAGAUCUGACGGAUACAAGUGGGAAUGUCGAAAACAAGUUGCUGGUAAGAGACAUAAGGUUGAAUUAUCAAUCCGAAAAGGUAGUUGGUUUGAGAAGAGCAACAUGACUUUGGAGGAAGUAAUCAAGUUCACGUAUUGGUGGUGUCGUGAUGUAAAUCAAGAGCAAAUCCGUCACGAGUUAAACGUUGCGACAAAUACAGCAGUCGACUGGGACAGUUUCUGCCGCGAGACAUAUGAAGUGACACUAUUAGAGCGGGAGGAAAAGAUUGGCGGGCCUGGUAAAAUUGUGCAAAUAGAUGAAAGUAAGUUCGGAAAAAGAAAGUACCAUAGGGGACACCAUGUUGAGGGACAGUGGGUUUUUGGCGGAAUUGAGGAGGACUCGCGACGUAGUUUUAUGGCAGCAGUAGACAAACGAGAUGAAGCAACGCUACUUCCGUUAAUCGAAAGAUAUAUAGAAAAGGGGACAAUUAUCGUUUCAGACUGCUGGAAAGCCUACGUAAAUUUAGAGAAGCACGGCCAUAAGCAUCGACUAGUGAAUCACUCAAAGGAAUUUGUGAACAGUGAAGGGUUUCACACAAAUAAAAUCGAGGGGCACUGGCGGCAAGCCAAGUGUAAACUGCCAUGUUUCGGUGUGAGAAAGAUAGCGUUCUCCUCGCACUUGGCCGAAUUUCUGUGGCGAUAUGAAAACAAGAGCGAAGAUCUAUUUUCAACGUUUCUUAAUGAUGUUAAAAAAAUCUACGGACAAUUGUAA